AUGUCCUGGAUCUCUUUUUUGGCGGGUUGGCUGCGGCACACCUUGGACCUAGCUCCAGUGCUCCCAGGUCUCUCGGAAAAGAGCAUCAUCAUGCAGUUCACAGUGGUCGCGACGCUUGCCCCGGACGAACGCCUUGAGAAGCAGAGGCAGAAUGAGUGGAACAGCCAGUUCCGCGACACCUUAAGCCGCGCUGCCAGCUCCGUUCAGCGCUUCGCUGAGCAGGAUCCGACCGAUGCGGAGCUACAGCACCUGGGGGAGCAGUUCCUGGCUUCAGCACAGACCUUGGCGGAGCAGAGUGAGGCAGCAUUGAGCAAUGUGGCGGACAAGGUCACCGGCGGCGUUUCCUCUUUGGGCCUGACAUCGGAGGAUUCGCCGAAGAGAUCUGGAGACCUGGACGCCCAGCGCUUCGUCCGGGAAGCGAAGCAGCUGGAGUCUGCAGGAGGCACUCGCCUCAUGGUGGCAGAGGUGGCGGAGGUGCUGCACACUUGGCAGGAGCGGUUGAGCGCACCAGGCAAGGGCUCCACUUCGGCUUUGAAGGCUUUGCUUCAGAGAGCCAAGCUUUGCACAUUGCCUUGA